GACUUGGUAUGAAACUUCUCAGUCAGAGAGAGCUUCGUAAAGUGCCUCGAAGCAACACAACGAUCAGUGCAAAGUUGGAGCUCGUGGAAUGUAGAAUCGUGACUCAAGAGACUGAGAGACAUUUAGUUAACGUGGUGAGAUCAUUUGGAUAUUAAAGGAAAAAUGUUGCCGAUGCUCAAUCGGUUGCUUACUGUCUACGUCAUCAUUGCUUUGUGCUUCAACAUCGCGGCAUCCUACAGGAUUCAAGCACCCACAUUUGUCGUUACAGAACCCACAGGAUUAAAAGUUUCCAUUCCAGAUGAAAAUGGGAUCGCUCUCUUUGCUUUUCACGGGAAAAUAAAUGAGCAAAUGGAACAGAAUGAACUGGGUACCCUCUACGAUGACAUCUUGUCCGCAAGGGAUGGUCGAUGGAUCUAUGAGAAUAACACAGUAGCACUGAAGAAGGGUGACAAAAUCUACUAUUGGAUCUACGUACAGCACGAACGUCUCGCCUACCGAUUGGAGGAUCAAGUCUUCGAAGUGACUGAAUACAAUAAGCCCACAGUGAUCACCAUUCCCACACCGGAAGUGACUGAUACAGCACCCCAGUGUGAACUAUCGCGCACCACCAUCAAUGGGGGACAGCACAUUUGCAAGAAUACCCUACUGUUUGAGGAUAAUUUCGACGCAUUGAAGCUGGAUGUGUGGAAUAGGGAAGUUAAAUUCCCCAAAGAUACGGAAGAUGCGGAGUUCUGUUCGUAUCAGGAUAGACCUGAGAACUCCUACGUUCGUGAUGGGGUGCUGUACAUUGUGCCAACGUUGCAAACCAACGUGCCAGGCUUCAAUGAGUCAGCAAUUCGAAUUGGAAAAAUUGAUUUUGGCCAUAAGUGCACCCCUUCAACAAUUGUUAACAACGACAUUGAGUGCGUGAGACAGGGUGGUGGUCGCCAAAUCAUUCCUCCUGUUGUUUCAGCCCAGCUCACGUCGAAGAAUCAUUUCAGAUUCAGGUACGGAAAGAUCGUUGUCCGGGCGAAAUUGCCCAAGGGCGAUUGGCUCUUCCCGGAAAUCUGGCUCAAGAGCUCGCAGAACGUCUAUGGCGAUGAGAAUUUCGUGAAUGGACUCAUGCGGGUGGCCUUUAUACGAUCCAAUGAAUACCUAACAUCGGCGGAUGGACGUGAAAUUGAUGGGCUCUACUUGCGCGGGAUGCUUGUCCUCGAUCGUGGGGAAACGAAUCGAGAGAGAUGGAUGAAGACUGAAGUUGGUCAGCGGCAUUGGGGUUCAGACUUCCACGAGUACACGCUCACGUGGACUGAUGAGAUGAUCUCGAUGGCGGUUGAUGGGAGACCGUAUGCUCACUUCCGUGAAAAGUUCUGUGAUACAAAUUCAACCAAGUCCUGCGGUGUUGCACAUGCGAAUGUCUGGGAGAAUGGACAACCCCCGAUGGCUCCGUUUGAUCAGGAGGUCUACGUUGUCUUGGGAGUUGGGGUAGCUGGUCUGAGUGACUUCCCCGAGGGCUGCUUAACGACCAAUCGGCAUGUUAAGCCGUGGCGCAAUACUGAUCCACGUGCUGAGUGGUUCUUCUAUCGCGACAAGGACAACUGGUACCCAACAUGGAAGGGAGAGGAUUCAGGACUUCAAGUGGACUGGGUACGCGUGUAUUCUCUCUGAAAUUUGUGCCAUUUUUUUAUAGAUUUUUUCAUAUCAAUAAAUUCCCUGAAUUUUAA